UAAUAUCUCCCCCUUGUCAGUGAGAAUUCCUCUAUAGUCGCGAGUGCACAAAACAUUCUCAAUAAAUUCUGUUUACUGUGUUUUUUGUGAGAAAAUCUGAGUGGACUUCCUGGGCAGGAUGGAUAGGUCUUUCCAGAGUCCUGUAUUUAGUGGACGUAGUUCUCGAUUGUCCACAGGGAGCCCUUAUUUGCCGAGUGCCCGCAAACCCUUCUCAAGCAUCAAGAAAUCCUCCGCUUCCAGCCGGUUCAGUGUUUCCGGACGCUCAAAUCAAACCCUGCAGAUCAUUGCCAAGUCCGACUACAACGUGGUCAAGACUUAUGGGCUUCCUGUGCCCGUGCUGGUCAAUGAAGCCUUGACAUUCUCAGAUAGAAAUGUCCUGGUGUCAAUGAACUCCUCAGCCAAAAACGGAUGGGCUUGGGUGGUCUGUGGAAGACGUCUUCUUGUUUGGCAGUAUCGGGAAUCGAAGUUCGGUUCCCCGAGGAGCGAUGGAACCCGUCCAAUACAGCGCCGAGGGAUCGCAGGGCAGUGCCGUGAGCUGACACUCCCGCACUGCGAUAUUGGCCACAAGGCAUCCCUGAUAACAGUUUUCGUGAGCGAAGGGCAGCAGAUGGCUUCAUGCCUGGCAGUGUCUCCGACAGGAGACAUCCGGUAUUGGCCAUCUGUGGCUCACGAUGGCUCCUCCAUUGACGAUACGAUAAGCUUGGAGGGUCAGGAGUUCGAUGAAUUGCUAAAUAUUUCACCGAUUGGCUAUAUUGUGGCCACCACGACGUGCGAUUUGGUUCUCCUGCAGCUUCAGAUGUCUGGAGGGAGGCAGAACAUCACAAACAGAGCCAUCAAAGCCCCCUCAGGUUUCCUCGGGGGAAUAGGGAGGAAGUUUGCCUCAGUUAUAAUGGGCAUGCACAGUCAGGAUAAAGAGAAUAAAUUUCUCAGAAUGUGCGCUGAAUCCAGCGGAGUGAGACAAUGGACGGUGUCCGUGAUGUCUGAGCGCUGGAUUCAACGCUGGAGAUUUCAGCUCGGUGAGACGGAAUGCUUCAUCUUUGAGGAUUCCGAAUUCCUACGUCGCAUCCGGGAAGCCUUCCAUAAGAAACUCUGGGUCAAUCGAGAUCCCAAUGAAGUGGAGAUUUGGUUGCUGGAUCUUCAGACGUCUGAGUCGGAUCUCGUAGUGCUGGCAGCAGGAAUGAAUAAAUCUUUCACUCCUCAGCUUCAUUACGCUCUCAUAACUUUCAGUCAUAGCGAGGGUGAGGAUCAUCUGCAGCUCAGUAACUUCCACCAGAUGAAUUACAACACCUUCCACAGUGAAGAGCAGGAAAAUGAUCUGCUUGCCAUGAAAUUUCUGCUGAACAAGAAUUAUGCCUAUGUUUAUUCAGAGAAGACAAUCUUCCCAAUUCUUCUGAAUGAACCAGCUGAAAGGGCUUCGGAUGAGGUUGAGAGACUCGAUUUUCUGGUUCAAGGAGAUAAAUUGAUGGCUGCUAGCAUGUGUCAGGGAUGCCCAAUUUUCUUCUCCAGAGUCUAUGGACUUGUUUGUAUUUCUCCGGCUGAUUUUGAGCCUGGAGAUUUCUUCAAUGCCUCAAUCACUUCUGAUGCUCUCCAGAGUAGUCAGAUCCUCUCAGACAGUGGAUAUCUUCAGCAAACAACCAUUGGGAAUCUCACACUUUACGAUCUCGAUCCCGAAGCCAUCAGCAAUUCCAACAGUGACAUUAUUAGUCAGCUCAAAUCGGCCUUUAUCUAUCAGCUGAAGAGGAAUUCUGUGGCAUGUUUUGCGAUCCUGAAAGAGAUCUUUCCAUCAGAUGCUGUCACUCCGGAAGUUGAUGCACCCAUGGACGUGUCAAUCCUCAAAAUAGCUCAAGAUCUCGCUGAUGACAAGCCUGCUGCUGAUCCACGAUGGGAACAGACUGAGAUGGACUUUUCCAGGCAUUCUCUGGGCAGUUCAACAUCUCUGCAGAUCAUUCAGCAGCUGCGCGAGAAGAAUUUCGCUCUGAACCACUUCAUUGAUUUUCUCCAUUCGACGAAACUGUGGGAAAGAUUGAGAGCUAUAUCCUGCAGAGGAGCAUCCAAAGCAACAGCUCAUUUGCUUGCAGACAUCAGUGAGAAGAUUGUUGCGGCGAUUUCAUUGAGAAAUUCUCAAGGGAGUCAUCCUCAGGUUCUGGACAAUGGGAUAAAGGCUGUUUUGGAGCAGAGACAGGAAGUGCCAUGUGGAAGUUUAACCCAUCAGGAUUUGUUUUAUGUGAAAGUGACAAAGAUUCAGGACAUUUUCCACGCGUUCAGUGAUCUAAUGGAGGAAUACAUUGCUUCUGAGGAAAUCUUGGCAGAGAAUAAGUCAACAAUCGUGGAGAUUAACUCCGUGGUCUUGGCUGCUAUUCAGGACAUUAUCAAAUUUAGAGAGGUCAAGGGAUCUCUCUUUACCCUCCCAGAAUCCCAAUCACGCCUCCAUGAGAGGCUUCCCUGGACGACAGUGAGUGGGAAAAAUGGGAUAAGAGAUGCGCUUUUGAAAAUGAUCAGUUUGACGCUAAAAUACGGAGCAAGAGGAACGGGGGAGCCAGAAUUAAGGCAGAAGCACUACCAUCAACUGAUGGAGUUGACAGAUUUUGUGCUAGAUGGACGGAGGAAUUUUCUGGAGAGCAAUCGCGACAAAGAGAAGUACACAAUUCUCCUGCAACAGUAUGAGUCCCAAAGAGGAGAUCUCAUCUAUCCUUUUGUGGAAGAUGAGCAGUUUGAGUUGGCAGCGAAGUUGGCAGAGAAAUACAUGGACUUUCAGAUUCUCGUGGCGAUUUGCGAUAGAACGAGGAAUCAGGCGAAACUGGAGGAGUACAUUGAGAGAUUCAAGGAUAUGGAAUUCUCGCAAUUUGCAAUCAAUUGGCAUUUGAGGCAGAAUAAGCAGCAGGAUUUGUUUGAGCGUUUCCGGGGGAAUCAGGCAGCUCUUGGGAGGUUCCUGCACGACCAUCCAUCUCUUGCUUGGGUGCAGUUCCUCUUCAAUGGGGAACUUUUGAAAGCUGCUGAAACCCUCUAUGUCUUGGCGCAGAAUGAGACUGACCUCGUGGCCAGGAAGAAGACUAUUCUCUCCUUGGCUAAGUUGUCCUAUUUCGCAGCUGGGGAAGCUAAUGAGCAGAUCGAGAUGAUCAACAAUGAACUCAAUCUGAUUGAGUAUCAGGAACUGCUUCCCAUUGGAGUUCUUCAGGCCUUUGGAUACGACACUGCCAAUCCCAAAGUCUUGAAGCCCGAAGAGAUUAUCAAUCUCUAUAUUUCAGAAGAGAAUGAAACUGCCAAUGAAUAUGACUUCCGGAAGGCUCUGGAGAUGCUUCAUUUUGUCGGAGAGGAGAGUCAGAGUGUCAGGCAUAAGAUUUGGUGUGCAGCCAUCUUGAGGGAUUCCUGGAGCAAUUACGACAUGAACAAUCCACUCAAUGAUAUGCAGAACAUGAUGUUCUUCAAAUUAAUCGAUUGCUGCCAUCUCAGAGAUGAGAAUCUCGAAGAUACUCUGCCUUCAAUUAGAGAGUUUCUCCAUUCGCCAGAAUUAGGGCAGUUGGUUGACAACAAAUCCUUCCAGUAUCUUCUCCAAUUUGGCUACGAACAUAUCAAUCGGGCCUACAAGAAAACGGAAGUUUGAUUUGAAUUUUAUGAAUAAUUUCUUAAGCUUUUGAUCUUUGAACCAAUUAAAUUUUUCAAUUACUUUUUUUGUAUUUGAAAAA